GAUACAAAGGAGGAGGCCUCAGAGAAACCAAAGCCUGCUCCAACCGCAGAGAAAUAUGGCUGGAUUAAGAAAAGCAGUGGAGGGCUCCUGGGAUUGUGGAAGGAUCGUUACAUCCAGCUACAGAAAACACAGCUCGUGGUCUAUGAGGAUGAGGAUGAACAGAAGUGCAUAGAAACAGUGGAACUGGAGAGCUAUGACAAGUGCCAGGAACUGCGUGCGCUACUAAAAAAGAAAAACCGUUUCAUUUUAAUCCGCUCCCCGGGUAAGAAGGUUCAUGAUAUCAAGUUUCAAGCUCCAACUUUGGAAGAAAAGGAAUCGUGGAUAAAAGCUCUUAAUGAAGGGAUCAAUAGAGGUAAAAACAAAGUAUUUGAUGAGGUGAAAGUAGACGAGAGCCUUUCCUUGGACCACGUAACUCGGGACAGAGUGAAAAUGACCCAUGGGCGCAGGCCACCCACGAGAAGUCACCUAAAGGAGGCUGCCAAGUCAACAUCAGAUGGUAUCCUUCGACUAGAUCUGGAUAUAGUAGACAACGGACCACCAAACUUUGAUUCCGCUAUCAGCGGAAGUGACAAUGUGCCACCUCAGAAAGAAACUGCAAAGCCACCUAUGCCACCUACGAAACCCACUGGCACAAAAGAAAACCAAGACACAGAGAACAAUGUUCCUGACCAGGAACAUAAAAAACCUCUGUCUCCUCCGUUGCCUCCGGAUAAGAAGCUAAAGGAAGGCAUAACAUCAAAGGAUAAUGUAAAUGCCAAGGAAGAGGACUCUGUAAGCCCAGAGGAGAAUGUGGAAGGAUCCCAAGCACCAAGUGAGGAGAACAGAGAGAACCUCACUGAGGUCAGCAACAAGGGCAUAGCAAAAGCUCCAAUUCCUCCUCCUAAGAGCAUGCCAGACAAGCUAAAAGUAGCUUGGGACCAACCAGUCCUUGAGCUUAAAAACACAGAAGACUUGAAAUCGUCAGAAGAUAGUAGCAAAGACAACCUUGCUGAGAUUGCUGCUGCAGAUGUUACAAAGCCUCUUGUUCCUCCUAAGGUUCAGUCAGAAAAAAUGCUAGCCACAAUGAACUCCAGCCAUGGUGACCUGGAAGCUGGGGGCUGGGAAGACCUGGAGCCUGGCAGCUCCAAGCCCUCGGUGAAUGGGAUCGCAGCCAGCGAGGUAGCAGAGUUCACAUCCUCAACAGUUGAAACUGAAGAAGGAAAUGGGAGAGCUUCUGCUGAGAAGGAACAGAAAACUUCAGCAGAAGAGACAGAGACUUCCUUAGCUACAGAAACAGGCCACGAGAGUGUAAAAGCAACUACUGAGAAGAAAGAGUCUAUACAAAGCACUUCAGGUUUCAAACUUCGCAGUUCUUCUCUGGGAGACUUGCUGUCUGAUUCCAAAAAUACACAGAGAGCACUUCCAGGCCAAGGUUUCCCAAAGGAUUCCCAUCAACGCUUAGCUAAAAUGGAGGAGAAAGUUGCUAAUGAAAGGGAAAAGACAGAAAAACUUCUGCAGAAGGUUUUACGUGAAGGGCUGGAACAGGCCCAGGAGGGGAACGGACCCCCAGUGAUGGCAGAGACAUUGCUCAAUGAGGCAGUAGAACAACUUCGGCAAGCUACACAAGUUUUGCAAGAAAUUAAAGGUCUUGAAGAACUGAAAAAAGAAGCAACACAGAAACAGAAAGAAAAGCAAAAGGAUAUAGUGACUCUUUAUAGGAGAAGUGCUCCUUGA